AUGACUUCAAAUGUUCUCGUUGUACAUGUGUCGAUAGUCGCAGUCGUGGCGUCGACUUCGGAUUGGAACGCACCGCCACGUCGUCGGUCGAUUUCGACCGUAUGUGGACCGUCAAAUCGUGAAAUCAAUCAAUUCUAUGCGCAUUUUUUUCCGGAAAAGGAAGUUCCACAACAAUAUGGUGUUUAUAAUACGGGAUAUCUCAAUCAUACACCGCAUCAAAAUGUGUACUUUGGUUUAAAUUUAUUAUUAUUAUUAUUAUUAUUAUUAUUAUUAUUAUUAUUAUUAUUAUUAUUAUUAUUAUUAUUAUUAUUAUUAUUAUUAUUAUUAUUAUUAUUAUUAUUAUUUAUUAAUGGAAGAAUUACUGGCGCCCGCUCGACCAGUUCGAAGAUCAACGGGAGUCAAGGUCAAGGUGAUCAAGUCGUGGCGUCGACUUCGGAUUGGAACGCACCGCCACGUCGUCGGUCGAUUUCGACCGUAUGUGGACCGUCAAAUCGUGAAAUCAAUCAAUUCUAUGCGCAUUUUUUUCCGGAAAAGGAAGUUCCACAACAAUAUGGUGUUUAUAAUACGGGAUAUCUCAAUCAUACACCGCAUCAAAAUGUGUACUUUGGUCAACGAUGUCCGGACAAUUCGACGCCGGUCUACGAUCCGGGCCGAUUCUCUCCGCCUCAGCUCGACACUCCGCCUCCACCCGUGUUGAAUACGCCAGAACAGGACUUCAAUGUUGGCUCAUCGAGCGGUGGUAUGUUCACGUCGUUUGAGAAACAGAAUAAUAAUUGCUGGAGCAAUGGUGCAAAACAUAAUAAUCAAUCCGUGAUACGAAAGUUCAGCGUUGCGGCGGAUUUCUUCACAUCACCCUCGACAACACAUGCAGACACUAGGGAUACGCGAAGUACACAAAAUAUGCUUGGUUAUCAAACGUUACAAAUCGACAACACACAAUGGUCAAAGCCAUCGUUUCAACGUCCUCCAGUACCACAACAGUUGUCAACAAUGAAUACAACGGCGUCAGCACAACGUAAAGUAUCGAUAGUGCCGCUGGAUGUGGCGAUAGCUUCACCACCAUUCGAACCACCACAACCAACCGCUUGCCAUAUGGAUCAAAAUCAUAUCACGAUGAUUUCUCCACAAAAUAUCGUUACACCGACUGCUCAGAUGAAACUUGACGAUCCACCACCAAUGGAGAUCGAACCAGCUACAAAAUCGCCCGAUCGACCAUUACUCACCUCAAUCCAGCAUAAACCCUAUCAAGGAAAAAAACAUCAGAAUAUAGUCACAAGAAAAGCGUCAUUGAUGGCGCAAAAGAGUCAACUUCGUUCACCACGUUUUGUCGAGCAGGUUGCUGGCACUCAACCACGAGGCCUGCACCCAUACACACCACCACCAAUCCUGAGCCCAAUGCGUAACGGUUCAGGACUUUUUUGGCAGAUUGCCAAGAAUCUUGGACAUCCCUCUCAGGCUGCUCCUUCGACAUGUAGCAGAGAUGCGCAGAACGGUCAUGCGCCAGUGGAAGAUCACGAUAUGAGUGACGAUUCGCCCGGUUUGCGCAUCGUCGACGAAGGUGCGGGGCCGAGCGAUGCGAACGGUGGCGGUGGCGGCGGUGGCGGCGGCAGAAACGGCGACGUCACAUUGACGUCAUCCACUGAGAACGCACAUCCUGCACGAAAGAAUGGUUUUAUUUGCAGCCAGGCCACUUUUGCUGAUGAAUUGGAAGCACUACGCAAAAUCUCCUACGCUUCUACCGCAUCGUCAACAAGAUCAGCUGAAGAGAUCCUCCGGAAGCAUUCAAUGGAUCCAGAUGAGUAUCUACGAAAAGCAUCAUGCAUAUCUGAUUACUACUAUGAUGUACCAAUCGAUACUCGGCCUAAAAUGAGCGAUGCGAUACCGCACAUAAAUAUCGGUCGUGAAUAUCAGGCUCGAGUUCGGAAAUGGAACGAUAGAAAGAUCCAUGAUUCUGAACUCGAAGCGAUCGAAGACCGCGAUGAAAUUGUUUUCUCACCUGAAAUUCUCCGUGACAUCGAGAAGGAUCAAAUUGAAGCCUUUGAACUGUUGGCAUGCAGUCAAGCUAUUCCACGGCCUGGACGAAAUAAAGAGCUCGCAUUACAUUUGUUAAUGGAGAACAAGGGGAAUAUUGAAGCGGCUGUUGCUGAUCUUCUUCGAUCGGACACGUUGGAUUGGGAACAGUAUCAAAUUAUUUAUGGUUCCACCUAUUUGGAUAGCACUCAGUGGACGCCAGAGGAGGUGAACGCAUUCCAAGAUGCUAUCUACAAGACCGAAAAAGAUUUCCAUCAAGUUGCACAGGAGCUGCCCAGUAAAACUGUUAGAGAAUGUGUGGAAUUCUACUAUACAUGGAAGAAAGCAUGUCCGGAUGAUUACCGUAAGCUGCGAAAUUUGAGACGGAAACGGCAAUUGUUGGAGUUGAAUUUGCAACAGAUGGAUGAAGGUGCUCCGGCGAAAAAAGUGUCAGUGGACGAGAACGUCUCCUCGGAUGCUGAAUCCGAUGCGACUGCACCAUCCUACUGCGGACAAGACCUGUUUGAGCUACGUGGACGAACCGGAAGCUUCAUUUCACAACCAACCGCAUGCAUGUCACCGCUACGAGAUCCUACUACCGUAUCCGCUGCAUCACUUUCUCAAUCGUUACUGGGUCUAAGGCCAUCACCACCACUGAAAGAUCUUUCGGGACUUCAACGGAACUAUCAACCGUCUGCACCUCGCUCACAACCGCAUGCAUCAUCGUCGACUGGUGGUAAGAAAGGCGCACAGCCGAGUGCGGACGGUUUCUUCCAUUGCCGAUUAUGCGACAAAUGUUUUGAGAAGGUUAAAUCUUUGAACGCGCAUAUGAAAUCGCAUGCGAUGAAAGCGCGAGCGGAGGCGGAAGCUAAAGCGCAAGUCGACGCACAACUUGCGGCACAGUCGAAUCCAGUAAGUAUUUUACCUCUGCUGCAGUUCCAGAACGGACAUCUGAAUAUUAGCGGAUUGACGUCAACGUUACAAGGUGUCUCCCCGUCAUUACCCACCGCUACCAAUCACGCAGCGUCAGGACUCAGCUUGCAACAGGGACUUUCACACAGUUUACUUUCACCGCAAGGGAUCAGUUUACCACAUCCACGACCGCAACAUCCGCUACUAUCCCAAGUUCAUUCCGCUAUUAUCCAUUAG